CUCACUGACCUGGUCCGGCCCGCUCGGAAGAUUGGGCUGGAUCACCUUUUGAGCCGAAACGACCUGCCUUGAGAAAGAAAAAAAACCCAGAAAUUCCCCAAAUUAUCCAGACCCUAUCUUUCUUUUCGUGCUCUCCGACAACGAACCACGUGGAGUCGUGGAUUGUAAGAAAAAAGGAAACCCACUUAUCCACGUGUUCGUAGAAAGGAGAUAUGGUUGGCAUCUCGGGACGGGAAUGGCCUUCGCGCCUUCUUGUUACCAUCCACAGAAUCCGAACCCUCCGCUCGCGGUCCAUAAUCAUAAAGACGGUGAAUGGUGGUGGUGAUUCUGUAGUGGAAGAAGAGGUUGUGUUGUGGGCAGAAGAGGAUGAUCAAUUUGUGAUCUCGAGAUCCGAUUGGAUUCCUGCUGAAGAAGUUCCCGACGAGGAUUGAUUCAUCCGCUGGAGGCGCUCUCUACGGCGCCGGCUGAGAAACCGCUCGUUUCCGCUCGAUUUGGUCAAAGCCAGCACUCCCAAAGGUAAAAUUUUUAGAAACUCCGUUUUUUUUUAUUCGUUCAAUUUUUGUUCUAUAGGAAGUUGCAGGAGAGAUUUCUCCUUAGAUCUCCAGUUCUCUCAGUCGUUUCUCUUCCUCUCUCUCUAUCGUAUUUGAUGUGUUUGAACCCUCAAUUCCAUAUGGGUCCGAACUGGGUAAAUGUGGGUUGUAUGUGAAUGGAGAGGCUAAGAGAAAGGAAGGGGGAAUAUGUGUAGUUUUCUGUUUUCUGCUCAGUGGGGUUUUUUUUCGUUUCGAUUGCCACAAGGUGUCUUUGGUGGCUUGACUUGGGCAUUUACUGUAGUCGAUCUUCUGUUGGGUUUUGGUUUGCUGAGUUGUUGCAUGGCAGUAAGUUUAGAACUUGACGACUUUAAGCAAAUUGAGGUGUCCUUUCAUUCUGUGGCAAAUUAUUGUCAGAGUUGCUUGCUGGGCUGCCCUGUGUAUGUGAGAAUCCGCUUUGGUUAAGUUGGGUUUCUGAUUUUUUGUGUUAUGGAGUUUGUCUGAUUGGUACACUGUGUGAGUUAGGCCCCUUGGCGGAGAAUCGAUUGGUUGAUGAUAGGAUAGUUGUUGUUUGUAGACAGAUCAAGCAUUCUGAAUUGAUGUUAGUUGAAUCUGGUUGCUUUCCUGCCUCUAGAAUAGUUGUAUCAGUGUACAUUGUUUUUUCUAAACAAAUCAGUGUGUGUCAAUGGCGGAAAGGAAUUUUGUGUAUGCGUACUUUUGUGAGUUUCGAUUUGCACUAGUGGGUUGAGAAUGCUUGAGAACUUAUUUGCCAAAUGAUCUACAUUAUUGGGAUUGGGUUAGUUACCACCAGAGUCUGGUUAGGAGUUAUCCCUCAAAUUUGUGUAUUAUUCUCGUUAACCAAUAUCAUGAAACUGUGUUGCCACAACUCUGCAAUAUAUUUUAGCUUCCUUUAAUUAGUGCAUACAGGUGUAGUGCUCUCAUUUUGGUUCACCAUCUGGUUUGGUUUUUAAACGUACCCCUUCUGCCCCCUGCCUUCACACUGCAGAAGUUCAGCAAUUCUGCCUCUAGUGUGCCUUUCGAAGCUGCAAACUGGUGUUUCCAAAAAUUUCGCUUGCGGAGUAGCAAUGUUUGGCUCGAGUCGCAUUUCCCCAGCUGCCACUGCAGGUAACUGUGCACGCUGCAGCACUCCUUACGUCCUUCUUCACCAAAGAAAAACCGUUGCCUCCAUCAUUUCGUCCCAUCAAGCGUCAAAGUUCUUUCCGUUGAAAGGUGUGAAAAAUCCUCGGCCGCAUCGUCAUUGCCUGCGGCUCACCUGUAAAGCAUCUGAUCCCGGUGACUUCCUUGGGGACGAUUCCCUCAGCUUCUUCCCCUGGUCCGGUGACAAUAACGCCAUAGAAUGGGUCCAGCAGGAGAAGGUCACAUUGUUCACUGCUGAUGGGCUCAUUCAGAUUGGUGGCAACAUUGUUCCUCGACGUGCCACCUCUGCUGAUAAGAAGCAAGGGAAACCUAAAACUUCUCAGAGACUCCAACGGUUUCAAGAGAGUAACUACAUGGAUCCCGAUCAGGGAUUGUGUUUGGGUGCAUUGUUUGACAUUGCUGCGACCAAUGGGCUCGAUAUGGGAAGAAGGCUGUGUAUACUUGGAUUCUGCCGCUCCAUUGAGAUGCUCAGUGAUGUUGUGGAGGACACUGUUUUGGAACAUGGUGGAGAGGUGGUUGCUGCAGAGAAAGCAGUGAAAGGCGGGUUGCAUGAGAAGUUGAAGAUGACGGUGGCUGUACCAUAUCUCUGGGGGGUGCCACCGGCUUCGGAGACGCUUCGCCUGGCGGUUAGGAGCGGCGGUGGGAUAGUGGAGAAGGUUUAUUGGCAGUGGGAUUUCCUGUAAAUAGAAAAAAGUUGGUUCACCUAAAAAAAUUGGCCAUGUUUUUAACCUUUCAUUCACUUGUACAUAUCAUUGUCACAAAUAUACUAUACUACUGUAUAUAAUCUGUAACAGUUGGAAGGAACUGUUAAUAAUUCGACGUUAAUGUCCCAAUCCAAUUCAUUGUUUUGGAACACUUGUGAUUAAACCAAAAUUGAUAAU